CGACGAUUCCGACAAUAUGAGUGUAUAUAAUAAUCAAAAAUCUUAUACUUAAGUAAUCGAAAAAGAUUCGAAAAAGUUUUUCAAUAUACAUUUUUCAAUUCGGAUAAAAAGACAAGGUAACGAAUGUAUCCAACUUCACUCAUAUAAACAAGUUUUUUCACGUCAUUCUUUUCGUGUCAAAAUUUCAUGAGCCAAAAUUUGCUGCCUAAAGUCAAAAUUUCUAAUUAUGGCGGAAUUAAUUGAAUGCAAAAAAUCAUUUCUUUUGCACAUUAACGGAUAUUUGUACUACAAACACUCAGGUAGAAUAGGAGAAACUGCGUAUUGGAAUUGCCGAAGAAAACCUGAGUGUAAUGCUAGAGUGACAACAUACGGAGGACCACACAAUAUCAGAGUUCUGAAGGGACUUGAUGAAUCGAAACACAUCCUUCAUGCACCAAACCCCGAAGAAGUCGAAGCGUUAAGAGUCAUGAAUAGGAUCAAACGUAAAGCUACAGAAAAUCCUGAAGCUCCUCCAGCUCAAAUAUUACGAACUGAAUUGCGAAACGUUUCACCAGCGGUAUUAGCGGAAAUGCCAAACAGAAUUAAUUCCCGAAAAAGUCUUAGUCGUGAAAGAUUAAAAGAUUUUCCCUCGAACCCGCGAACGCUGAGAGAAUUGCAGGAUAUUCCAGGCUUUUAUCAAAAUUCAUUGAAUGGAGAUAAAUUUCUAAUUUACGACUCCUAUGAAAAUGACGAAGACUCAGAAUUUGGGAGAAUACUCGUGUUCGCGACGCCUGAAAAUUUAAGGCAAUUAUUCAGGAGCAUAUUGUGGUUUGCCGACGUAACAUUUAAAACUGCGCCAAAAGCGUCAACCGUUGCGAAUAUGGAAAAACCACAGAAAUCUAUUAAAAACUAUGAGUCAAAUGGCUGGGUUAAUUAUGCCAGUAAUAGUUCUGCAACUCGCCCAGUUUUCCUCUGA